UAACACAUGAGUGUAUAUAUAUGCUUCCUAAUCAUAUCUUCUUGCCUGCAGUAUAACUUUAGCAGCCAUACUUUCAAGACUCCAGGAAUAACCUUCGAUUCAAAGAUCCAAAAUGAGGAAAGGCUCGAGUUUUUGGUGCACUGUGGCAUCGCUGGCAGUUUUACUGUUGGCAUUCUCAGAUACUGUGGCUGGAGAUGACGAAAUCGUGAUGGACAUUCAGCAGGAACUCAAGCACAUCGACGAUUCUCUGGACGAGCUUUUGCUGCUGGUGAAUCCCGAGACGACAACGUUUCUUCCGUCCUCAACGAUCUCUUCAGACAAACCGGCGUCCCCUGGUUCGUCGUCAACGGCACAGCCAUCGGUCGGAUCAUCUGUUGAGUCAUCGACAUCAGUAUCAGUUGGAUCUUCAGCACAGCCAUCUACGACACAAGCACCGGUAGAGCCAUCUACGACAAAAGCACCAGUAGAGCCAUCUACAACACAAGCACCAGUAGAGCCAUCUACAACACAAGCACCAGUAGAGCCAUCUACGACACAAGCACCGGUAGAGCCAUCUACAACACAAGCACCAGUAGAGCCAUCUACAACACAAGCACCGGUAGAGCCAUCUACGACACAAGCACCGGUAGAGCCAUCUACAACACAAGCACCAGUAGAGUCAUCAUCGCCACCGCCUAAGCCAAAGGAAUCUUUUGAGGAGAACCAGUCGUCCUCAAGCGAACAGCCCCAGUCUUCCUCGAGCGAACAGCCCCAGUCUUCCUCGAGCGAACAGCCCCAGUCUUCCUCGAGCGAACAGCCCCAGUCGUCCUCAAGCGAACCCACGUCAACCGUCCCACCCACUCCCGUCUGCAGAACGGACGGGUCAUCGAGGAGUAACGAGAACGACGACGAGGACCUGUGCCUGCGCCUGACUUCGGUCCUGGACGACAUCGAGGCCGUGACGAGGACCGUGGCCGAGGGAACCAUGGACCAGAGUGAGCUGGACGACCUGAGGAACUGCUCCACGAGGCUUGACGACGUGAUUGAGGACAUGCGUAACAACACAGACUUCAUCGCCAGCAGCGUCGACGUCGAGGCGCUGACGUCGAGGAAAGAUGCUCUGGACCAGGUGUUGACGGAGGCUGAAGCAGCAGUGGAAGACGUGCUGUCCUCAGGCGGAGACGAUUACGACCCGACCCUCGCUAUUGUCCUUGGCACUCUGGGAGGCCUCGUGGCAGUUGGCAUCGUCGGCUACGUUGGCUUCUCCUUCUACAAGAAGAACAAGGCCAAAAAGGCACGCAAGAAUGACAAUCCCAUGAGAAAUAUGGAGAGAGGAUCAGGGCAGGACAACAGUGCAUUCGCCGGCAGCAGCAGCAGAUUAAACUAGGAAAAGAAGGGGUCAGAUUGUACAGAAAAGACUCAUGUUCUAUCUCUGACUUUUCGACUGGGCGAUUAUACUCUGUCCAGUCUCGGGAAAGAAGAAAAAGAAGUAAUAAAAGACAGAAAUAAAAGAAGACGUGGCAUCACUCAGGCCUUAAGAUUACUUCGAUUAUGUUGAAGGCAGCAAGUAGAAAUAAAUAGAUUAAUAUCAAUACUACUACUAAUGAUAAUGAUAAUAAUAAUAAUAAUAAUAAUAAUAAUAAUAAUAAUAAUAAUAAUAAUAAUACAAAAUACUGUACUAAGAUUUUGAAAAUACAAGACAUGUUGUAAAUAUAAAUAACAGUCAUCAGUAGAUUAGGAUAAGAAAAAGAAAGUCAGGAUGAGUUGCCAGUUUAUUUAUUUACUUUUUUCCUGGGAUACAGUGUAACGGAAUUUUAGUUUUGCCUACGGGACACCAGAGGAAAGUUAAGGAAAAAAAAAAACUAAAAUUUCUUCUCUAUAUUUGAGAUCUUACUGUAAUUUCUAAGUAUAAAUGUUGUUUACAUAGCUUUGUCGCUUUCCAUGUUGCAUUGAGUUACAGUGCAUAUUGCAUUGUCUUUUAUGUGCCCUUUUAUGUAUCUGACAAUCAUGUAACUUUUAUAUAUUGUGCUUUAGCCGAUUCAAACAAGAGCGAAAACAUUA